UGUAUAACUUGUGGGUACCGUUGUGAAAACAUUGAGUCAAAAUAAAAAUGUCAAAUAAACCUAAAUCUAUUGAUCACAUCAGGUAUUAAAACAACAAAUAAGAGUCUGUUGAUUAUCCUUUUACUUGCAUUUUAUUGACAAUAACGGUAUAUGUGUGUAGUGUAUUUACACUUUGAAACUAUAAAAAAGUAAAUAGAUAAUAAUUGAUUAAUUUAGCACACUUUUAUUAUAUUAUCACAACAAGCAGCUUUCUUCUUUUAAAAAUUUUUAAUUGAUAUAAUCAAGAUGACUACGUCAAUGAUUUCUAACACGAAGCUUCAGGAGGAUAUGAAUAGUAUCCCUCUUGCUGACGAUGAUCCUCAAGUUAUUAUCCCAGAAGAAGACGUUCCAGAUAAUGAUGUACACAUUUCUGAUCCUUUUGGUCGUGGACAUAGCAUGGAUUCCAUUCCAUCCACAUUUACAAAUGGUAGCUGCAGUCCAAACAGCUUAGAUCCUGAUGUAAGUCCCGAUGAACAAGAAGAAAAAGCUCGAUUGAUAGCUCAAGUGCUUGAGCUACAAAAUACCCUUGAUGAUUUAUCACAACGAGUUGAUAGUGUGAAGGAAGAAAAUUUAAAACUGCGGAGUGAAAACCAAGUUUUGGGGCAAUACAUUGAAAAUUUAAUGUCUGCAUCAAGUGUUUUUCAAUCAACAAGUCCAAAAACAAAGAAGAAGUAAGAUCUGUAAUUUUAUUCGAUGAUUUCAGAACUAGAAAUAGCAUGAAAAUGACUCGUCUAUUAAGCUGAGUGAUGACACUAGUCGGUAAUGACCUUGACAAAUCAAUUGAAACAUUUUCCAAUUUUUUUCUAAUUAAUUCUUAAUGAGUGUUAUGUUUCUAGAUAGGUACAUUCAUUUUCAACUCUUUAUAGGGCAGAGUCAAUAAUAAAUUAUUUAACGUAAAUACUUAAUUUUUAUUUUUUAAUAAAAAUGGAUUAAAAAUAAUAAUUGUGAUAAAUACAUCAUUUUUUAUUUUAUUAUCGACUGAAAAAAAUCUAUUUAAAUGAUAUUCAAACUGCCUUAUGAAGGGUCCCAUUAAUUAAGGAGCACUCGAGCAUUUGGCAUUUAUAUAAGAAGGUUUUUUUUGGCUUCAUGACAUUGAAAAAAGUUUUUUAAUGCUUAUUGUCAGUGUACCAAAGAUUAAAUUGCAAUUUUCUGACAUUUUUACUGCCAUGUGUGCUUGAGAGCUUGACAUACGUAUCUAUUGGAAGAUAAAAUUAUUGAAUCAAAUGUAAUAAAAUUAUAUGAGUAAGAUCUUUAUUUCCAUUACCUUUAAUUUUAUCAUUUAAAGUUAGACAGUAAAUUAUCUGAAUGUGCUUGACAUAUAAAUUUUACGGAUGGAAGAAAGAACGCUCGGUAUAUAUAAUAAAAAAAAAAUAUUGUUAUAUGAAAAAAAGUAACAAUUAAUAACUAAAAAAAAAUAUAUCUAUACUUUAAGUCUAUAAUAGUAUGUGCUAAUAUUUAAUUUACAUGUAACGCAAUAAUUGAUUUAAGUUAAUUUUAAAUAUUUUUUAUUGCGCUAAAGGGCACAAAGUGACUGCACAACUCCAAAAAAUAAUUUUACUGUUGAAAAAAAAAAACAGAUUAACAAUAAAUUCUAAGCUCUAAAAUC